AUGGCACAAAGCUUACGAUUGCACUUUGCAGCCAGAAGAAGCAAUACUUACCCUUUGUCAGAAACCUCCGGAGAUGAUUUGGAUAGCCAUGUUCACAUGUGCUUCAAAAGACCAACACGGAUUUCAACAUCUAAUGUUGUUCAAAUGAAGCUGACUCCCAGACAGACUACACCAGCUCCGUUAAUAAAGGAAAACGUGAAGCCUCAGGAAAGAUCAUCUGUUGUGUCAUCUGACAAUGUUAAUAAAAAGAGCAGCUGUCUCCAGAUUUCGCUACAGCCAACAAGGUACGGUGGAUGUCUUCAGUCUAGCAAUGUCUUAGCUGACGGUGAUGAUGCUUCAUUUACUUGUGUCUUGAAGGAUGGCAUUUGCAGCAGUGCUGGGGUCGAUAAUGAACUGAAUGCUGUGAAUGAUGGUAACCUUUUAAGCAGUGCUGCCAUUUGUAGUGGUAGCCUUAGUAACUUUUCAACCAGUGAUAAUGGAUCUUACAGCAGCAACGGUAGUGAUUAUGGGUCAUGUGCAAGUAUCACAAGUGGAGGUUCUUACACUAACAGUGUGAUCAGUGAUAGCAGUGGUUAUGUUUUUCCACCAAGUGAUGAUGCUUUUUUGGGUGGAAAUUUAUCUUCUGACAGCACGUCCAAUAGAAAUGUGCCAAACAGGAAUUCUACCCCAUGUGAAUUUUUUUCAAGAAGUACAAGUACAGUUCCCUUUGUCCAGAAUGACUUGGAGCAUGGAUUAGAGAUUAUGACAUUGCCAGUGAGCAGGAAUGCAAAAAUUCCACUGAAACGUUGCUCAUCCUUAGUCAUUUUUCCUAGGAGUCCUUCAAAUACCCCACCAACUUCUCCCACAAGUACAGGUCCUCUUCCAAGCAAAGGAUCCUAUCAGACUUCACACCAGUUUAUUAUUUCUCCAAGUGAAAUCGCACAUAAUGAAGAUGGUACGAGUGCUAAGGGGUUUCUUUCAACAGCUGUCAAUGGACUUCGAUUAUCUAAAACAGUUUGUACUCCUGGAGACGUCAGAGACAUACGGCCACUUCAUGUGAAGGGCUCAUUGCACAAGAAAAUUGUUAUUUCAAAUACUAGUCCGAGACAGACUGUUAGUGAGAAGUCAUCUGAAGGAUAUUCUUGCGUGUCAGUGCAUUUCACCCAACAGAAAGCCACUAUGUUAGAUUGUGAAACAAAUGGUGAUUGUAAACCAGAGAUGUCAGAAAUUAAACUUAAUUCUGAGUCAGAGUAUUUUAAGCUCAUGCCGAGGACAUCUGCAUGCUUACCAUCCUCCCACAACGUAGAUUAUCAAGUAAAUAUCGAUAGAGAGUUGGAAAGACCAAAUUCACAGAUGAACAAAAACCACGCUAUUUUACAAAGAAGUAUUUCAUUGGGAGGAACUUACCCAAAUAUUUCCUGUUUAUCCAGCCUUAAGCACAAUUGUUCUAAGGGGGGACCAUCUCAAUUACUCAUAAAGUUUGCAUCCAGAAAUGAAGGUAAAAUUGAUAAUUUAUCAAGAGACAGCAACAGAGAUUUCACAAAUGAACUAUCUAAUUCCUGUAAGACAAGAGAUGAUUUCCUAGGUCAAGUAGAUGUUCCACUUUAUCCAUUACCGACAGAAAAUCCAAGAAUGGAGAGACCUUAUACAUUUAAGGAUUUUGUUCUUCACCCAAGAAGUCACAAAUCAAGAGUUAAAGGUUAUCUGAGACUAAAAAUGACUUAUUUACCUAAAGCCAAUGGCUCAGAAGAAGAUAACGCAGAACAGGCUGAGGAAUUAGAGCCUGGCUGGGUUGUUUUGGACCAACCAGAUGCUGCCUGCCAUUUGCAGCAGCAGCAAGAACCUUCUCCUCUACCUCCGGGAUGGGAAGAGAGGCAGGAUGUCCUUGGAAGGACCUACUACGUAAACCAUGAAUCUAGAAGAACACAGUGGAAAAGACCAACCCCUCAGGACAACUUAACAGAUGCUGAGAACGGGAACAUUCAGCUGCAAGCACAACGCGCCUUUACCACCCGGCGGCAAAUAUCUGAAGAAACGGAAAGUGCUGACAACCGAGAGUCUUCCGAGAACUGGGAAAUUAUAAGAGAAGAUGAAGUCUCCAUGUAUAGCAAUCAGGCCUUCCCAUCGCCUCCACCAUCAAGUAACUUGGAGGUUCAGACUCAUCUUGCAGAAGAAUUGCAUGCCAGGCUCACUAUUUGUGGAAAUUCAGCCACCAGCCAGCCAGUAUCCAGCUCAAAUCAUUCCAGCAGAAGAGGCAGCUUACAAGCCUAUACUUUUGAGGAACAACCUACACUUCCUGUGCUUUUGCCUACUUCAUCUGGAUUACCACCAGGUUGGGAAGAAAAACAAGAUGAAAGAGGAAGAUCAUACUAUGUAGAUCACAAUUCCAGAACUACUACUUGGGCAAAACCCAUUGUACAGGCCACAGUGGAGACCAGUCAGCUGCCAUCAAGCCAGACUUCUUCUUCAGGCCCUCAACCACAGGUCCCCACAAGUGAUUCAGCACAGCAGGUGACCCAGCCGUCUGAAAUUGAACAAGGAUUCCUUCCGAAGGGCUGGGAAGUCCGGCAUGCACCAAAUGGGAGGCCUUUCUUUAUCGACCACAACACCAAAACCACCACCUGGGAAGAUCCAAGACUGAAAAUUCCAGCUCAUCUGAGAGGAAAGACAUCGCUUGACUCUUCCACUGACCUAGGGCCUUUACCUCCAGGAUGGGAAGAGAGAACACACACAGAUGGGAGAAUCUUCUACAUAAAUCACAAUAUAAAAAGAACCCAAUGGGAAGAUCCUCGGUUGCAGAAUGUAGCAAUAACUGGACCAGCUGUACCCUACUCCAGGGAUUACAAAAGAAAGUAUGAGUUCUUCCGGAGAAAGCUGAAGAAGCAGUUCCUUUCCCGCCACUGCGCGCUUGUGCCUGCAGUGUGGGAUAAUUAUACCCUACAGAUAAAUCCAAACUCUGGACUGUGCAAUGAGGAUCACCUCUCAUACUUCAAGUUUAUUGGUCGGGUAGCUGGCAUGGCAGUUUAUCAUGGCAAACUGUUGGAUGGUUUCUUCAUCCGCCCAUUUUACAAGAUGAUGCUGCACAAGCCAAUAACACUUCACGACAUGGAAUCAGUGGAUAGUGAAUAUUACAAUUCCCUAAGAUGGAUUCUUGAAAAUGACCCAACGGAAUUGGACCUCAGGUUUGUCAUAGAUGAAGAACUCUUUGGACAGACACAUCAACAUGAGUUGAAAACUGGUGGAUCAGAAAUAGUUGUCACCAAUAAGAACAAAAAGGAAUAUAUUUAUCUUGUAAUACAGUGGCGAUUUGUAAACCGGAUCCAGAAGCAAAUGGCUGCUUUUAAAGAGGGAUUUUUUGAACUAAUACCACAGGAUCUCAUCAAAAUUUUUGAUGAAAAUGAACUAGAGCUUCUUAUGUGCGGAUUGGGAGAUGUUGAUGUGAACGACUGGAGAGAACAUACAAAGUAUAAAAAUGGCUACAGUGUGAAUCAUCAGGUCAUACAGUGGUUCUGGAAGGCUGUUUUAAUGAUGGAUUCAGAAAAAAGAAUCAGAUUACUUCAGUUUGUCACUGGCACGUCCCGUGUGCCUAUGAAUGGAUUUGCUGAACUAUAUGGCUCAAAUGGACCACAGUCAUUUACCGUUGAACAGUGGGGUAGCCCUGAAAAGCUGCCGAGAGCUCAUACCUGCUUUAAUCGCUUGGACUUGCCACCCUAUGAGUCAUUUGAAGAAUUAUGGGAUAAACUUCAGAUGGCAAUUGAAAACACUCAGGGUUUUGAUGGAGUUGAUUAGAGUACAAAUAACAAUCUAUGGUGUUUUUACUGCUGCAGUUUUAUAAGCAAAAUCUUGGCUUAAAAUUUUCCAGGGAACUACUAAAACUUGGCCACUGAUUCUUCCAAAAUAUUGGAGAUCAUAUAAAAGCAUUGAAAGAAACCGUAUGACAGGUUUUCCAUGAUCUCCAUCACUUUUAAAUCACGUGUGGCAUUUAUGUAAUUGUUUCAUUAUAUCUUUGGAGUUCACAAUAUGGGCUCUAAGUCCUGUGUGCCUGAAAUAGUGAGUUUUAUCUUUGACAUUUACCUCUCGUAUAGUAUUUACGAGUAUAGGCAGUUCUUUCUUAAACUACUGAAGUUAUAACUGUGAAGUAUUUGUGAUAAGUGUCAUGUGUGAAAAGUUUGAUGCUUUUUGAGAAGGAAAACUGAAAUUUGGA